AUGUUGCUCACCAAUCAUGCCCCAGCCCAUACGUGGCUUUGGAUUCUACUUGUUCUCGCCUCUCUUUCUUUCGCGUCUAUCAUUCCAUUCGAAGUCUCGCCCUCGCUGGUGAAGCAUCGCUCUCCCUCUCUUGACAGUAAUUCUCUCUCAUCAAACACCACAAACUCUGAACUCGAUGCAGCGCGCAAAAUCGUUCAAGAGGCCAUCGUGGAGGCUUCCAAGCUCAACAAAGCCCGUCUCGACCACCCUGCCAGAAAUCGCUACAAGCUCUCGCCUGAGAGCAGCGUUGGUGGCAGUGCCAGGAAGAGACGAAGUACCACUAGGGACUCAGAAUCCGUCUCGGCGCCCCCGUUGUUGAACAUCACUGCAGAGAUCGCCGCCGCUGCCGCUCUUGUGGCCGAGGCAGAUGCAUCGGCCUCCAGCGGAAACAGCACCAAGCAUUCUGUUCAAAAGCGCGGCACUUUUUGGAUGCAGGAUAUUUCCCACAGAGGCACUUCUCCUUGGGGUGAUGAUUCCAGCUACACGAUCUUCCGCAAUGUGAUGGAUUACGGAGCCAAGGGUGAUGGUGUCACUGAUGACACUGCCGCGAUCAACAAAGCCAUCAAGGACGGCAAGCGAUGCGGAGAGGCCUGCAACGGCUCUACUACCAAGAACGCCAUUGUCUACUUUCCUCCCGGGACGUAUUUGGUUUCCAGUCCCAUCAUUGUCUACUUUGGCACUCAGAUGAUUGGCGAUGUAAAUACGAUCGUUCUCAGUCCCAGCAAACUGCGGCUAACACUUCAAAUGCAGGCCAAUGACCGUCCAACCAUCAAGGCGGCUGCCAGCUUUGUUGGUCUUGGGGUUCUUUCGACAGACGUGUACAUGGGCGAUGGUGCUGGGGCCGAUGGUAAGGACAAUGAGUGGUAUGUCAACACGGCAUCGUUCUACAGGCAGAUUCGGAACUUCAAGAUCGACGUCACUUCAACCGACCCCAACGCCUACGUCUGCGCACUGCACUACCAGGUCGCGCAAGCUACCAGCCUUCAGUUUGUCGAGCUAAUUGCCAAGACUGGAACCACACAGCAGGGGUUAUAUGCGGAGAAUGGCAGCGGUGGCGUGCUGGCUGACAUCACUUUCACUGGAGGAAACUUCGGCAUCUGUAAGUUGGCUCGCGAUAUUGGUCAUUUGGCCCCUUCUAGUGACCCUAUUAACAUUGUCGAAACAACAGAUGCCGGGAGUCAGCAAUUCACUGCCCAACGUCUGACUUUCAACGGCUGCAAUACGGCAGUCCAGAUCAUCUGGGAUUGGGGUUGGGUCUGGAAGGGCAUCACCGUCACAGACUCGAGCACUGGUUUUCGUCUUGUCAACGAUGGCGGUGACGGAAACGUUGGUUCCGCCGCUUUCAUGGAUACCUCGUUCACGAACGUGAAGCAAGCCAUCGUAGUUGCCCCACCUUCCUCCACCCCUGCUACUGGAUCGACAGGUCUUCUUCUCGACAACAUCGGCUUCAGCGGUGUCAGUCAGGGGGUUGCAGAUACGACUGGAAAGACUCUCCUUGACGGCUCUAGCAGCGUUUUGAGCUGGGUUUUAGGACCUAUCUACAACGGCACCGAGCGCACAUGGAGUUCAGGGUCUUCACACGAAUGGAUGGGUAUUCUACCUUUACUUGGCGAGAAGACCAUCGACGGCCUGCCGAACCUACCGUACUUCGAUAAGGCGAAGCCUCAGUACGAAGGCCAUUCUACCGGAGACUUCAUUCAUUUGAAAGACUACGCUAAAGGUGAUGGCUCGACCGACGAUACUGCCGGUGUUCAAAACGCUUUCAACAGUGCAGGCGGGAAGAUAAUUUUUGCCGACGCUGGGGUUUAUUUGUUGUCGGAUACGGUUACCAUCCCGGCUGGAACCAAGAUUGUAGGUGAGACGUGGACACAGUUUGCGGCAACUGGAUCAAAGUUUGGGGACUCGAGCAAGCCAAUUCCUAUGCUACGAGUUGGAAACAUCGGAGACGUUGGAUCAGUUGAGAUGCAAGAUCUCAUGUUCACCACAGUCGGACCGACUCCUGGUGCUAUCCUCGUUGAGUGGAACAUCAACGCCGACAGCCAGGGAUCUGCUGGACUGUGGGACUGUCAUGCUCGUCUGGGAGGCGCAACAGGCACUAAGCUGACGCCAGCUGAAUGCCCUGCGCUCACAAGCGGCGCCGUGAAUGACGACUGCAAGACUGCCGCACUCGUCAUGCACGUCUCCAGGGGAGCUUCGGGAUAUUUCGAGAACAUGUGGUUAUGGACCGCUGACCAUAUGGUUGAUGACCCUGACUUAGUCAGUGAUAAGAAUGAAAUGACCAUGGUCUCAGUCUAUACGGCCCGAGGACUUCUCAUCGAAAGCACAGAUGCCGUUUGGCUGUAUGGUACCGCAUCUGAGCACGCCGUGUACUACCAGUACAACUUGUUUGGUGCCCAGAACGUUUUCGCUGGCCUUCUGCAAACGGAGUCCCCAUACUACCAGCCCAUGCCAACUGCUCCAAGUCCGUACAAGGCCGAGGUUGGGGUCGUCCGCGGCGAUCCCAAGUAUGACUGCAGCGGUACCGACUUUGACGGUUGCGACUCGUCAUGGGGCCUGCUUGUCAGCACUUCUCAAGAUGUUUAUAUUGCUUCAGCAGGUAUCUAUUCGUGGUUUGAUGACUAUAGUCAAGACUGCAUUGAUGUUCACACCUGCCAAAAGGUCCUGGUGAACUUCUCUAAAAAUUAUCAUCGAGUUCGUCUCCAGCAGCUCAUCACCAUUGGCGCUCAAUAUUCCCUCGUCUCCGACGGCAAGGGUAUCUUGGCCACGGACAAUCUGGCAAUUUCUGGUCAUCCUGCCUGGUCACAAAUUUCUUUAUUUGAUGCUACAUCCGCUGGCGAUGCCGAUAUUGAUAUCGGCGAUAUCGCCGUCGACAUGCCGCCCUGUAACGACCCGAAUCAUUGGGUGACUCUGGAUGAUCUCUACGCGGCGAUGGGGUCCUUUCCUGACUACUGCGUUGCUCUCUACGCAACUCAGAUCCUAUACAGGAUGGUGGAUACUACCUUGGAAAACUAUACUUCCGUCGACAACGGCUACGACAGCAAAUUUGACUCUUACGUCAAGUACACCAAGGAAAUGAUCCCGACUCAACUCGAUGAGUUCAUGAACCUCGAAGACGGCGCCGGCAACAAGUACUUCACAUGCACCUUUGCCGAAAACGGUCGCAAUGAGACAUCCCAGAAGUGCCCCUUUGGCAACUGGAUCAACACGUAUGACGAAUUUACCAUCUACUACACGUUAGACAACGAGGCAGGCUUCUUCAAUGAGCUGCAAUCAACAUACGGUAUCAUCCCCGCCUGGGUCAAGUUCAGUGAGAAGAUCGACCAGGUGACAUGCACCGGUAGCGCGGCGACCUGCACGCGCACCAAAUAUGUCUACGAGGGUCGCCCAUUACCUGCAGACAGCAUUACGGUGGCGAACCCCAAAGACAUCAUCAGCCAGGCUCUUCCGGGCUUUACCAACCUCCGCUCCACCCUCGCCAGCAUGUUCUUCCAGAUGAAACUCGGCAUCUGGGACGGCGUUAACGAUGAAGUCAUCUCAGUGCUCAGUAUGCCUGUGUCGCUCGCCCAACAGGCAGUUGAAAGUAUGGCGCAGGUCGCUGCCGUUGGGGAAGAGGCAGCUGAAGAGGAGAAGAAGGAACUCAUCUUGACUAUAUUGAGCGUUGUGUUUCUCGUCAUCCCGUUUGCCGGCGAGGCCCUCGGUCCCGAACUCGAUGCCACCAUUCUGACAUUUGGGCGGAUCAUAGAUCUCAUUGGCGCUGGUGGGAACACCGCCUUAGCAUUUUACGACAUUGCAAAAGAGCCGACCUCCGCGCCCAUGGAGAUAUUGGGACUCUUGAUGGCAGGUGGUCUGGGGCGUGACUCCUCCGAGUUGGGCAAACUGGCUAAAGCCAGACGGGAUAUGACUGAAGUCGACCUCGGCAAGAUCGGCUCCAUCUUUAAGAAGAACGAUGAUGUUAUCCAGAACAUCAUUCACAAGUGCAGCAGUCCGGUGGUUCAUUAG